CCCAAGAUGAGGUCGCUCACAAGUUCACUUGUAGCUCAAAGGACGUUCAUUUCAUUUUAGCUGACUUAGGAUUUGAUCGCCGUUGUGCGAUGUACUAGAAUGAAGACAAAGCCAUAAGAAUGUGCUCUUUAUUUGCGUGCGCGGAGAGUUAAAGGCACCGCCAGGAGCGGCGAAGCCCGGAAACAAGAUGACCGCAGCACAACACACGUCCGAUAGUGACUCGGGCGCGCCUUUGUCCUGGCGAUCGGCGGCGACUCGAAGCGAGGACGACAUAUCGGACAUUUCUGUGGACACGGCAGCAAGCUCCUGGAAAACUCGCGCCCAAGCCGGAUUAAAAAAGUUUUACGAAAAUAAUCACAAGCGACAGCAGGAGUUGAAAAGCCGUGCAGCCACGGCGUCCACAGGAGGAGCUUUGGACCCCGAAGCACAUGAGAGGCCGAUCGGGUGUGUCGGUGUAGAAAAGCUAGUGCAGCUAAUAGAUUUCGGUGCUGCGUCGGACUUCGUGGGGAGAAGGAGAGCCUCAAGUUUUACCUCGGCCUCGAGUAGCAGUUCCAGCUCUUCUUCUAGUGCAGCUACUUUCCCAAGAUUGAGCAAUGCGGAACAUGAAGCAGAACGCAAUGUACAUCACGAGGCUCAGCACCACCAGGACCAACGACCUGGCAGCGCAAAUGCACAGACUACUCAACAGCAGCUCCCUUCUUUUCUGGACUACUUCGAUGUGGGCGUCACGGAGUCGAUUCUCUCCUACCUGGACAUUACGAGCUUGUCCAAGUGCUGCCUAGUCCACGCGGGCAUGUUUUCCGACGUCGCGCGCUGCCACCAAAGUUGGAAGUGGGCCAUUCUGCAGAACUAUGGGGUCUACUAUGAGGAUUACGUGGACUCCGUCUCCCAUCUACGCGCGCUAGCCCAGGACCACGUCGGCGACGAGGUUUGGCGCUUGCUGUUUAUCUACAUCCGGCAGGUUUUGCGGAACGUGAGCUGUGGCGCGAAGAAGAAAAAUCCUGGCUGCGUAGUGCGCGAAUUCCCGGGCGUUCUAAGGCCACGAGGAACAACUGCCAGAGGAGGACCUCUAGAGGUCGUGCCCGAUAGCAGCGCAGGUGGUGACGAGGACGAGGAGCGCAAUGGGACAACAAGCGCUGCUGAGAAAGUUACAGCGCCCAAAACGAAGAAGAGCAGGAAAAACAAGUACCGCGGUAGCAUAGAGCUGUCGGACGACGGAAAGUUUGUGUACUGGGAGAACGGCGGGGAGCUGCAUCUGAUCGACAUCGUUUCCGGCACCGUGCGGAAGCGCAUCAACUUGGAAAACCAGACGUUCAAAACCUACUUCCAUCGAAUCGCCAACUCCGGGAAGCGCUUGUUCGUGUGCCUGAACGACCGGCUAGUCUAUUACGAGUUGGAAAAGCACGAAACCGGGUUCGAUUUUGUCGGGGAACGACGAAAAUCCGAGGAUUCUGCUGGCGAAGACGAACUGGAACGACCGGAAGCCUUCGACAUGCCGACGACCAGCAUCGGCGAAGCAGUAGAUGCUCUAACGUCCGGCCCAGUGUCGUCCUCUCGCACAACCAGCAAGAGCAGUGCCUCGUCGCGCUCCCCAUCGCUGCCGGACGGGGAAUUACUCUCGCUGCGAGGUGGUGGCGCAGCUAUUUCCAAAAUGGGUGCACCACCUGCAAGUGGGAGUACUAAACCUGGUUCAAGUUCCUCCUCGUCAACCUCCUUUCUGAACGACAACAUGGGACGGCCGCUGGAACUGCUCCUUCACAGGGACCGGCUGGCACUGUUGGAGUCCCACCGGUGUACCAUGUGGGACGUGAAUUCUCUGCAGCUGAUCGCGCAGAUUUUUCCGGUCCGACCGCUCGCGGAGCUGGAGCUCGAGGUUCGCGCGGACGCCGCACUGCCACACGAAAUGCCGCUCGCUUUCGAAAUUCAGUGGAUCGGCUCCCAGCUGGUCACCUGGGUCCGCGGCGCGUUGGUGCCACUGGAGAUCUUUUCCGUCGCCACCGGAGCACGGCUCGCGCGGCUGGAGCAGUCCCGGCUGAUCCCAGCGAAGUGGCUCCAGGUGGACGUGGCGCGGGUCACGUGGUUGGACACCGAAUCGUUGGACUAUUUCCUGAUCGGGGCCCUGGACAGCUGCGGGAUCGUGUCCCUGUGGGACAGCUACUACCAGCUGCUAUGCCGCUUCAACGGGUGCAGUGACUUCGGGGCGCUGCAGCCCCUGGACUUGGUGUUGACGCAAGAUUUCGUUGCCGUCGUGGACGAGGAACUGUCCGUGCACUUUUACAAAUGCUGGUUCCACCCCGCAAGGGAUCCGAAUUGCGCCGAUUGCAAGCGCCAGCGCGGCGAACUGCCGGCCACGCACGUGCUACUGCCGAACACGGGCGGCGUGAAUGGGGACGAGAAAGCUGCUGCAGAGGGCGGUAAUGAUCCUGACCCGAAAGAGGUUCCAGUGACUGUUGAGCCGAAGCUUUGCAGUACAGCCUUGGACAUUUUGCAAGAACGCUAUAUCGAUGAACUCGAGUUUGCGUCCGUUCCGGAGGGGGCCCACAAGAAUGUAGACGAACAGCAAGCGACGUCGACAGGCGACUGCAAACCGCCAAGCGAGGUCAACGAGGCAGGCCCCAAGAACGCGUUCUGUCUUCCUCGUGCGAGCGGCACGGAGAACAAACAAGAAAUUCUUUUGUCGAGUUCUUCGUCCUGCUCCGGAAGCACGACCGCGGAGCAGUCUGCUACGGAGGCGGACAUGGAACUCAGCGACGUGACGGUGAGCAGCACGACCGCUAGGGACGCGCCAGAAGUUGUGUCACGCCCCUGUGUGCUAGAAAGUCAAAACGGCGCGGAACAUCAGGAGAUGCUAUCGGACGUUUUUUCAGCCGUGGAAUCCGGUUUUGGAUCUAGUGAAGAAUCUGGGAAAGAGCAGCCAGAGGAAAAACGGAACAAGGGUUCUUUCGGGAACGAACCCAGCACAACCACGGAGCAAAAGAAAGCUCAAACCUCCGAAGACCAGGAGCGAGAGGAUGACGCAGCCACGAACCCACCGACCGCUGCGGAGUGCUACUACUUCUGCCUUGCGUGCCGCCAAAAGUUCGACGACCCGCGGCCCCGCAGCACGAUGCGCCUGCUUCCGAGGUCGCUCGCGCAAAGGGCCAGGGACGACCGCGAGGAACAGGAGGAGGACGAUGGUUUGUUCCCCUGGGCCGAGCCACCCGCUACUUUCGCGAACUGCAGUAUGGUGGAGGAGAGAGCCGAGAAAAUGCCGGGCCCGUGGAGCAAGAGAGCGCUGGCCGGCACGUCAACGGCUGCGGUGAGCUCUUACGUGUCUGUAGAUGUGCCGGCCGACUGGGCGCAACACAUCCGGACACUGAACGGCGCUGAGACGGAAGAAAAGGAGCGCAAGAAGGCGGCCAUCCGGGCAAAAAUCGCCGCCAGGGUGCGGAAGAACGCUGCUGCACGUGGCGUGAAGAAGCCACGCGACCGCGAUGAAAGGUGCGGGUUCGGUUACCUGCAUCGCGCGUACGACCCGUUGGCUCGAGCUCGCGAACUUUUCGAAGGUGGGGAGGAUGGCUUUAGUGAGGACCAACAAGAGUCCUCGUCUGAUUCUAGAGGAGCGUCCCGCUUGCAAAAAGCGAAGAUGCUCGCCCCGGCCGAAUACCGCCCGCGGCCGUGUGUGUCGAGUCAGCUGACCGCCGAUAGGCGGUACAAUGUGCAGAAUGUGGAGUUUGAGCGUCCCAAUGAGAUUUGGGAGAACCAAGCGUGCGCCACCUGCGUGGACCAACCCUGGCGCCAGCGGAAAGCUUGCACGGAGUGCGACGGGCCAGCGAUCAACCCGCCCCGCGUGGAUGACUUCAACUGCGGUCCCAGCAGUUCUUUGGAAAAUCGUUCGAAGAUAGCUGCUGCCUUGCCAAAGGACGGAGUUGGUGGAAAGCGGCCUGCAGACCCACAUGGGAAAACAACAAGCCGCGCGGAGAGGAGCUCUGGUAGUGCUAGUGGUGGUUCAGAUAACGACGACGACGACGACGACGAGGCGCGCACCCCAGGAGCCCGCAGACCGAAGUGGAAGAACUUGUUGAAUGGAACCGUAGGUCCGCAUGGCGGUCCACGAGGGCCUGGCGCGACCUGGGAGCGGGCCCUGGCCUCUUUCUUGAGCACUGCGGUGGACGAAGCGGCGCGGCGGCCGAACGGCGAAGCCGGCGGCAUCACUUGCAGAACGUGCGGCGCGCAGACAGGGACGGUGUUGAACUUCCUGCCCUGCGGCUGCCACGCGUGCUGCAGCAACUGUGUCGGUCGCCACCUGCUGCGCGCGCCCCGGAACUGCGAAACCUGUGGCGCCUCGUGGUACGGCUUCGCGAUCGAGAAUGGCGCCGGCGGCGGGACUGCUUCUUCUUCGGCGGCGGCUGAAGAAUCUGCUCCAUCAACUUCUGUUUGCAACGUCGAAACUGGCACGAGCACAACUGAGAUGGCACCCUGUGCAACAGAAGCCGGCUCCUCAACUUCUAGUGCUGCCGCGUCUUCUAGCUCCAGUUGCAGCUCCGCUUCGAGUUCCUCCCCCGUCGAAGGGAACCAAAGCGGCACCACCGGCGCUCCUGAGGAAAAAAAGGUCGAAACGGGAUGCGCAAGUCAUGAUGGCGUGUCGGUAAACGCAGAAGCCACCGGCACAGAGGUGGACCCCGCAACCGCAAUUCCAUCCUCGAGCUCAUCUGCAGGAACACCACCGGGAGCAGUUGUAACUCCAACCGUCCCAUCACGAGCGCAAGACUGCGACAGUGCACGAAACGACGGAGAUGAUCCAGAGGACGAUGACACCGAUUCGCUGGUUUGCGAAGAGAACCCCAACGGCGUGGAUGCGGAGGAUCCACUGCUGGCCCCUUGCCGCUGCUGUGGCGGCUACUGCGGCCGAACUAGGGCCCGGCACGGCAAGUCCACGCGAAACGCGUACGAUGAUUCGGAGGAAUCGACCCUGGAGGACUUUCUGUGGCCCCACACACGGUCGAAGAACGUGCGGAAGGUGCACGAGCACUUCGUCCCGGAUGUGGAUAGCUACUUCGCGGCCUACCGGCGAUUUCUCAACAUCUGCACCUUCCACAAGAGUGGGAAGGAGUCCCUCUCAGUGUACUGUACGCAAACCUUGAAGAAACAAGUGUUUUUACUGCCGGCAAAGCACGCGAAGUUUGAGGAGUGGGUGGCCAUUAGGGUUUUAAACUCCGAUCUACUCAUCUACGACUUCCGGCCGGGCGCGCUCAGUUUUGACCAGUGGCUGCUGAAGAAAAUUUCAUGCGGGAAAGUGUCUGAGACGGCCGCGGGCAGACAGCGCCGAAGGCGGCUCUGUACUCGCUUUCCCGCGGCCUAGUCCUGAUGAUGUAGUGCCGAUUGUACUGGAAGAACGACACACAAUAUUGCACUUCUGACGACAAAGCGAAAGCAAAGCGACAUUUUGUGUGUGUUACAUUUUCUCGCAGACAGGACAAGACCGGACAAAU